UAAGGAGAUGGACACAAUCAGUGAGGUCAAGGUCGUCCACAGCCAUUGCUUCCUUCUUGUCUACUCACUGCACUUGCGGCCAUGGAGAAUCAUCGCGGAGGUGCCGUUGGAGGAGACGGGGAGAGCUCGGUGCUGAGCGAGGUCAAUAAACAGCUGCGCCUCGCCGCACCGCUCGCCGCCGGAUUCCUCCUCCAGAAAAUCAUCCUGACGAUCUCCAUCAUGUUCGUCGGCCGCCUCGGCGAGCUGCCCCUCGCCAGCGCCUCCUUGGCCACCUCCUUCGCCAGCGUUACCGGCUUCAGCUUGCUGACAGGCAUGGCGAGCAGCCUGGACACGCUGUGCGGGCAGGCCUUCGGCGCGGAGCAGCGCCACCUACUCGGCGUCCACAAGCAGCGGGCCAUGCUGGUGCUGGCCCUGGUGAGUGUCCCGGUGGCGGUGGUAUGGGCCUACACCGGCGAGAUCCUGGUGUGGUUCAGGCAGGACCGGGAGAUCGCCGCCGGCGCCGGGAGCUACAUCCGGUGCAUGAUCCCGGCGCUGUUCCUGUUCGGGCAGCUGCAGUGCCACGUCAGGUUCCUGCAGCCGCAGAACGUCGUCGUGCCGGUGAUGGUGAGCUCCGCCGCCACCGCCGCAGUGCACGUCGCCGUCUGCUGGCUGCUGGUGCGCAGGCUGGGCCUGGGCGCCAACGGCGCCGCGCUGGGCAACGCCGUCUCCAACCUCGUCAACCUGACGGUCCUGGCGAUCUACGUCAGGGUCUCGCCGUCCUGCAAGGACACGUGGAGGGGGUUUUCCCGCGAGGCGUUCCGCGGCAUCCCCGGCUUCUUGAAGCUCGCCGUGCCGUCCGCUGCCAUGGUCUGUAUGGAGUGGUGGUCCUUCGAGCUCCUGGUGCUGCUCUCCGGUCUUCUCCCAAACCCAAAGCUGGAGACCGCCGUGAUGUCUAUCUGCUUCAACACUUAUGUCUUUGCAUUCAUGCUUCCUAUGGGACUUGGUGCUGCCGUAAGCAUACGUGUUUCAAACGAGCUUGGCGCAGGGCGGCCAGAGGCCGCGCGCCUAGCAACGCGGGUGGUCAUGCUUAUAGCGUUCUCCCUUGGCAUAUCAGAAGGUCUUGUGAUGGUGCUAGCGCGCAAUCUACUGGGGUACGCCUACAGCAACGAGAAGGAAGUGGCCAUGUACACCGCUAGGUUGAUGCCGAUCCUCGCGGUGUCCACAUUAUUUGACUGCCUGCAGUGUGUUCUUUCAGGUGUAGUUAGGGGCUGUGGCCGGCAAAAGAUUGGUGCCAUCAUCAACCUCUCUGCAUUCUACAUCGUUGGCAUCCCAGCGGCAUCCAUUUUCGCCUUCGUUUGUCAUCUCAGAGGAAUGGGUCUCUGGUUUGGUAUCUUGUGCGGAGUAGCAGUGCAGAUGCUCUUGCUUCUCUGCAUCACCUUAUGCACCAACUGGAACAAAGAGGCAUUGAAGGCAAAGGAUCGAGUUUUCAGUUCUACUAUUCCUGUCGACCACAUGAUAACAUCAGGUUGUACGGAUCAGGAAAAUGCGUCCAGUGUAGUUGGAAAGGAUGCUAGGAGAACCAUAGAGGUGACAAAGGAUUGUACUGCUCCGAAUUGAGGUAGAUCGCAGUAAUAAUGUAGGUUAGCCGGACUGAUAAUACUUGAGUGGUAAGCAGCAUCAUGUGCCAUGUACUAGUUGCAUUUCCUCCAGCUAAAAGCUGUAGGAAACUUGCCCCGUUAGGCCAUUAAUUAUGAUUUUAGUGAUUGGUGGCACUAUAAUUAAUCAUUGAGACUAAUAUUCUUGCUAAGUACAGGUCCCAAGGAUGGAUUCCAAAUCAUGGCAAGAUGCUAAUCAUCAAAAUCAAGUGAUCCAAACCAUACUAAAAAUAAUUUAGAAUUAUUCUAUGGUAUCCAUGGACUCGUGGUAUCAAAGUUGCGGUAUCCAAGUCAUGGUUUUCACAUAGUCAAAAUCCAGAAAAAUCCAUGAAGACAGUGGUCGCUGCAAGUUCCGGUGGGGCACUGAUGAUCCGAUGGGGUUGCCGGAGUUUUCACCGGAGCUUUACUCCAAGUCUGAAAGUUUCUGGAAGUAAAUGUGCACGUUACUAGCUAGAAUAUCCGAUGGCCCACCAAAUGAAGAAGUCGGAUGAAUUUGGGCAAACAGGUUACACAUAUCAGGACGUCCUUGCUGGGAUUUGUCAGAAAAACAAAGGUGGGGAAGCAAUGAUUGAUCUGUCAAUAUCAUGUAUGCGAGAUCAUGAACAAUACUAGAGGCAUGAUAUUUGUUGA